AAUAUAUGUGACAGAUAACGCAAAUAUCGUUUAUCCAACAUUAUAAACUAAUAAUCGCGUUGAACUUUGCACACGUUAUAUUUCUUGUUAAUUUAAAAUGGAAUUGUUUUUAAUCAUGGAUUUUGGUUUGAUACUAUAGUCGGACAGGAUGAGUUCUAAGCGUAACAAGAUUUUACUGGGAGUUGCUGGCACGGUUGGGGUAGGGGUUAUAUCAUGGCGUGCAUUAUUUCCAUGGAUAGGGUACGAUAUUGAAGUAAUGAAAAAGGGGGCAAGGUACGGCAAGGUGCUAAACAAGGACAUCACUAGUGGCCGAUUCCCUAUAAAUAUGUUCGAAGAAGCUGUGGAAAAAUAUCCCAAGAAAGCCUUUGUUAUAUUUGAGGACAGAGUAUAUAGCUAUGAGUUUAUGAAUGAGCAGGCUAACAAAGUGGCAAAUAUAGCAGCCAAAUGGGGACUGAAAGUUGGUGAAUGUGUUGCUAUAAUGAUUGAGAAUGAACCGUCAUUUAUCUGGACAUUUCUUGGUCUACAGAAACUAGGGAUAGCUGUAGCUUUUAUAAACUACAACAUAAAAGGACAGCCAUUAGUUCAUUCAAUACGUGCAUGUGAGGCCAAGGUUCUUAUAGCAGGAGCAGCUGACGAAAUAUUCCACUCAGUCAAAGAGAUAAAACCAACCAUUCAGCAUAUUCCCAUCUAUGUUCACGGUAAUAACCGCGGUGAUGGUUUCGAAUCCUGGGACAGGUUGAUGUUAGAUACACUCCCGAUACAAGUAUGCCCCAGUGUGAGAAGGGGAAUGGGGUUACAUACUCCCUGCUGCUAUAUCUUUACUUCAGGAACAACUGGAUUACCAAAAGCUGUUAUCAUGAGUCAAGGAAAGUUCAUUUCUAUCGGCAAGUUCUUCCAGGUGUUUGAAUUUCUUCCAUCAGACAUUAUCUAUACAUGUAUGCCAUUAUACCACAGUGCUGCCGGUGGACUGGGACUUAUUAAUACUAUAGAUCAAGGUGCAACAAUGGUUUUGAAAAGGAAGUUUUCGGCCAGUCAAUUUUUCGAUGACGUCAGGAAAUACAACGUCACUGUUAUACAAUAUAUUGGAGAACUUUGUCGGUAUCUACUCUCUGUACCGGAGAAUAGCCAAGAUGGUAAACAUAAAGUGAGAGUGGCAGUUGGAAAUGGAUUAAGGGCAGACAUAUGGGAUCAAUUCAAACAGAGAUACAAUAUUCCAAAUAUUUGUGAAUUCUUCGGAGCCACAGAGGGUGUUGCUGGCUUUGUGAACCUUAACAACAAAACAGGGUCUUGUGGUCGCUAUUCACCUGUUACAAAAAUGUUGGAUCCAGGUGGUUCGAAACUACUCGUUAAAGUAGAUCUAGAUACUGGAGAAGUUGUGAGAGAUAAAAAUGGUCAUUGUUUACCAAUUAAAGUCGGUGAGCCCGGACUUCUUAUUGGGACUAUCCCUGAGAUUUAUGGUUCUAAUGGUAUAUAUAAAGGUGGCAGGGAAAUAAACGAAAGGAAAUUGCUACGAAAUGUUUUGAAAGAUGGCGAUUGUUUCUUUAAUGUUGGCGACAUUUUAUCGAUAGAUUCGGACUACUUUCUUUAUUUCAAGGACCGAGUUGGGGAUACGUUCAGAUGGAGAGGUGAAAAUGUAUCAACUUUAGAGGUAUCCAAUAUCUUGAACAAACUAGAUGCUAUACAAGAUGCUAAUGUAUAUGGAGUGGAAAUUCCGGGUGCAGAAGGACGUGCAGGUAUGGCAGCCAUUCAUUUAGAAGAUAACGUAACACUCAAAGAAAAUAUUCUUCGAGACAUCUUCAACCUUGCAACAGAACAAUUACCAAGUUAUGCCAGACCUUUAUUUCUGAGGUUUCCAAAAGAGCGAGCUAUUACGACCACACUGAAACAACAGAAAACGCAGCUGAGGAAAGAAGGUUUUCACCCUGAAGAUAUAGACGAUCCACUGUUCUUUUAUGACGGACAAAAUAAAACAUAUUCUCCGCUUACUGUUGAAACUUAUGAUCAAUUUUUCAUAAAGUCAAAACUGUGAUAAAAAUGAUUUUUAAAAAAUGUUAUUUUGUAGGUAAUUCUAGAAUAUGAUAAAGCAUGGAUAUUGAAAAGGGACUUCAAUGUGUAACUUUUAAGAAGGUAAAAGUUUGCUCUCAAUAAGUACAGUAACAACUGAUUACAAGAUAACGCUAUCAUAACAAUAAAAGUUUCUAUUCAUUCUAUAAAUUUUGAGUGUCACUUAAAGUUAGUGAUUAACGUGGAAGAUAUGGAACGAAUAAACUUUACAAGUAUUCAAGUAUUCAAUAAGUUGUAGGUUUGUGAAUUUACAACGUUUAUUCCUGUAUGAAUAUGAAACUAUCGGAUGGACUAUAAAACCUUAUGUACCGCAAAAUGUAUUUUUCUGUAUUUGGUAAAUUUUAUCCGAGUUUGGUUUAUAAUGGACAAUUUACGAACAGUUAAAAUUAUCCUCCUAUGCCAAAGAAGGAUUUGAGAAUCCGUGUGUACUGUUCAACAAAAAUAUUUGUUCUUAGAGUCAAUAUCCUAUAAAUAAAAUUCUAAAAUUGUU